CCAAAACUUUCACAACACUAGAAUCAUUAGCAACAUGAAAUAUGAAUCGUCCACAUGCACUCUAUAAAUUCCACUCUUUCAAUACGUACAAGUUAAUUAUUGGUGUCUUCGAUUCUAUAUGCAGUCAUAGGAACAAUGAGUCUCAUUCCGAUAGUUAGCAAGGCCUUUUGUGCACCUACACAAACUGCACUAACCAUAAGGAAGAGGCCCAGGGUCGUCAACGGAGGCGGGUUCGUCGUCCUGAAUCCUCAGCAAAACGUUGUUUUCUCGGUCCACGGUUGCGGAAUCCUUGGUGUCAACGGAGAGUUGGUAGUAAAAGACGGCGGUGGGGCAUCGAUACUCUUCAUUCGUAAAAAGGGAGGCCUGGUCCAAGCUUUGAGCGCCUGCAGCGAGCGAUGGAGGGGGUAUCUCAUGGAGUUUGGCAGACCAAACAAGCCCUUGUUUAGCUUGAGAGAUCCGAAGUCGUGCUUUGCGAUGAAGAGUGCCAUAAGGAUUUCUGUAGACAGAAAAGAUUAUAGCAAUGGUUGGGAUUUUGAGGUGAAGGGGUGUUUUCUUGAGAAGAAUUGUACCAUCAAUGAUCGUCGAGGGAACAUAGUGGCUAAGGUGGGGGUGAAGGUGAAAGCAAGUGAAGAUCUCUACCAUGUUAAUGUACAGCCAGGUUAUGAUCAGGCCUUUGUCAUUGGUGUUAUUGCAGUUCUUGAUAAUAUAUAUGGGGAGUCCACAAGGUGUUGAUGAGAGCCAAUUAACCAACCAAAAAAAAUAUGGUCAGCUUGAUUUAGUCCAUGUCAUGGAGAUUGAAGAUGUUCAUGGGCUCAUCUUUAUUUAUUAAUUUGUAGAAAUUUGUUAUGUUCUGUUUUUUUUAUGUAUUCUUUCAUCCUUGCGCUCAGUAUAUAGAUAAAGGUAGCGUUUCUUGUGCUGCUCA